GCCGGUCGGUGGGUGCGCAGUCCGUGACCUUCGCCGUCCCAGCUGCACAUGUGUCCGCAGCCGGUAGCGGGGUUCGUCGAUCCGCACGUGCGUCGGUAACGCCGAUCGUCGGUUUAGCAGUGUUGACAGUGUCGGUGUCACGCUCACGGGCGAUUGUCGGCGGAACGGACGCUUCCGUGAAUCUCCGUCCUGAUUCUGUCGAGACGGGCAUACACAUCUGCACGCUUCCUCUGCAGUCUACGCGCGCUGGGCCGCUGCGAUUCGGUGGCCUCAGGCCCGCCGCUCGCGCUCGCGGUCCGCUUCCUGUGCGCCUGCGCGCUGCGUCGCGGCGCCGGCUCCACGUGCGGCAGCCGGGCGCCGAUUGGUGGCGGUGGCUCCGCCCCGGGCCGCGCGGCGCUCGGCCCGGGUGGAGGUAAACAGGUCCGGUAUUCGCGGCGUGGUCAGUGCGCGAGUGCCGCCGAGUGUGGGCGUGUGAUGUGUUAGUGGAGCAGAAUGGGAGAGACCCGUCAGGACGCGGUGGCCACGGCGCCGCCCGAGCACGAGGACGCUGAUCCAAUGGCCGGGCAGCCGCCGUCUCCGCCACCCCCUGCCCACGCUGCCGACACGGAGUCCCCGCCGGCGGCCGGCGAUCAGGCGAGCACCACCAGUGCGCCGAGAGCCGGUAGCGAGGGCCGUGCUGCUAGUGAGGGGCGCCCGAGCACAGCUACAGGUCUGCGGCGUGCAGGUAGUGAAACGAAGAGCAACCUUCCCGUCCCCAUUGGUUCCACCAUGCCCGGCAAAGAGCGUCCUAAGAAGGACGACAAGAAACUCCUCAAAGGCCUCCAGAUCUUCAAGCGGUCCAAGAGCAAGCCGUCGCUGCACCCGACGCCGUCGAUCACCGCUGCGGUGGACGCUGACGCUCCCGCAGCUCCCGGUGCGAGUACCCCGGUGUUCACCCCCGCCUCCCCCACGGUGACCAGCGCCGCCAGUCUGGACCCGUUGAUCGGCUCCGAGUCGCCGCCGGCGCCGGCUCCGACGCGGCGCAGCAGUGUCACCCCCAUCUCGCUCUCGAGGAUCGUGGGCGACGUGCCGGAGCCAGAGCCGGUGACCUGCGACGCGGCGUCGGUCGACGGCUCCUCCGCGACCCCGAGCACGGACACUGAGCUCAACGGCUUCCACGGCGCCAUCAACGGCGAACUGGCCGAAAAGCUGCGCAAGGUGGAGGAACUCGAGCGAAAGAUCAAACGCAUGAAGGAGGACGUGGAUCGCGCGACCGAGCGCAAGCGGCGUCAGGAGGAACUCGACAGCAAGAUCAUCGAGGCGCUCAUCUUGGAGAAAAUGCAAGGCAUGGGACUACUCAAAAGUCAGAUGACGGACGUUGAGCCAGAGAUUACUCAGCCGGAGACUCCGACCCCGCCUAACGGCCUCUCCACUACAGACGGCAAGCUGGGACCGCUGGCCAAGCUGGGCCACCUGACCAGCGCCGCCGACACCCUCAGCGCCAAUACUCAGAUUUCUUCCGCGAACGCCGCCAACGCGUCGGCGCGGAUCGCCAAGCGAUCCAACAUGGUGGCGCGCGCGACGGCUGCCUCCACCUCAGAGCUGACGGCUCAGCUGGGCGGCCAGCUGACUCAGGCGCUCACCACGCAGAGUGAGCAGCAGAACUUCAACCGCAAGGUCUCCCAGUCGAGCAUCGCCAACGGAGCCAUCAGCGACGCCUCGCGGCUGGCGGCCACCACCACCAAGGCGGUGGUGGCGCCGGUGACCACCGCCCUGGAGGCGCAGGCGCAGGCCGUCAAGGCGCUCCAGAGUAAGGCGUCCGCCACCUCCAUGGCCAUCUCGGCCGACGCCCGGCAGCUGGCCGACAGCUUCGACUCGCUGAAGAAGCUGUCCGACCGGCUCCCGGACUCGCUAUCCAUGGAGAAGCUGAACGAUCGCGACCUCCUCAACAUCAACCUGACCAGCGGCGACAACGCGCCGCGCGACCCCAACGUCAAGGUGUUUGAGCACAACCAGACCUUCUCCUCCAGUAACAAGAAGCUGGUGACGAACGACUUUAGCACCGAGGAGGCGACGGCGAACCGGGAGGAGACCACCCACUUGCAGGAGGGCGACAACUCGUACAGCGAGAAGCAGGCCAGCUCCGACAUGCGUGCCAAGCUCGAGAUCAACGGCAUCACGGCCGAGAAGGGCCUCUCCACUAGACAGGAGGAGCGGCACAUUGCCACCGGUGACGUGACACACGACGAGUCGCGCUCGGCGGCCGUGGCCGGCGCCAAGAUAUCGACGGGCGGCUUCAGUGCCGAGAAGGUGUCGAUGGCGGACGACCAGCAGAGUCAGACGGUCACCUCCGUGGGUGUAGUCAACAAGGAGCAGCGCAGCACGGCCGCCACCCGCUCCCGAAUCACCAUCAGCAAACAACAGGGAGUGACGACGCCGACCAGCCCGGCGGUGGCGCAGGCAGUCGAGGAGCUGGAGUGUCUGGAGCGCAGCACCGACCCGCUGGAGGCGGCGCGGGUGCUGAACCGCUGCUCGCAGCAGGUGUCGCAGAUGCUGCGCGGCGUGAAGGCGUUCUCGGCGUCCCAGCCGCAGCAGAAGGCCAGUGUGAUCGAUCAGAUGGACGCGGUGAUGACCCGCGCCUGGACGGUGCCCUCGUACGGCCAGGAGCUGGGCAACUCGCUAUGUAACGUCAUUCGCGACAGCGGCGGCCUGGACGUGCUCAUCAGCUCGGUGAACACGGGUGUCAAGGAGAUGGACCUGAAGAGUGCGCGCGUUCUCGGCCAGUGUCUGACGACCGAGAACCGGCGGUACGUGGUCGAGCGAGGACUGGACAGCGUCGUGCAGACGGCGUGUCGCACCUGCUCGGAAAAGUCGGACAAUGAGGAGUCGCGCGUGGGCUCGAAUCUCCUCGAGAACCUGUUUAGGCACAGUGAGGACACGUGUAGUGCUGUGGUGCGGAUGGGCGGUCUGGACGCCGUCAUCACGCAGUGCAAGAACAAAGACGUGGAGACGUUGCGGCACUGCGCGUCGGCGCUGGCCAACCUGGCGCUGUACGGCGGGCCCGAGAACCAGCAGGCCAUGAUGAAGCGCGAGGUGCCCACCUGGCUGUUCCCGCUCGCCUUCCACAAUGACGAUAACAUCAAGUACUACGCGUGUCUGGCCAUCACCUCGAUGGUGGCCAACAAACAGCUCGAGGCGGCCGUGCUCAAAUCGGGUACACUGGGGCUGGUCGACCCGUUUGUCACAUCACACGACCCCAGCGAGUUCUCCAAAUCAGCCGUGUCGCAGCUCAAGGGCCAGGGCCAGUCCAAGAACUGGCUCCGCCGCCUGGUGCCCGUCCUCUUCUCCAAGCGGGAGGAGGCCCGCAAGCUGGCCGCCUUCCACUUCUGCAUGGAGGCCGGCGUCAAGGUGCAGCAGGGCUGUCCGGAGAUCUUUGACGAAAUCGGCGCCAUCGAGCCACUGAAGCAGGUGGCGAGCUCGCCGAACGCUGUGGCCAGCAAGUACGCCGCCCAGGCGCUGCGCACGCUGGGCAAGGAGGUGCCGCACAAGCUGAGCCAGCAGGUGCCACUAUGGAGCGUCCAGGACGUCAAGGAGUGGGUCAAACAGAUCGACUACGCCUCCUUCUCCGACGCUUUUGAAGAGUCCCGUGUCGACGGCGAUCUUCUCCUGCGCAUGUCGGAGAACAUGCUGACCAACGACAUCGGCAUCUCCAACAGCAUCUUGUGCAAGCGCUUCAUGCGCGAGCUCAACAACCUAAAGAAGAUGGCCGACUACGCCAGUUGCGACUCCACCAAGCUGAACGACUUUCUGCGGGAGAUUAACCCCGAGUUCAGCACAUACACGUACCCCAUGCUGUCGGCAGGAGUUGACAGGGACUACCUCAGGUAUAUCACGGAUGAUCAGCUGCUCCAUGAAUGCAGUAUAGCCAACUCAAUACACCGAAAGCAAAUACAGCAGGCCAUCUUAAACGAGAGCGCGCCUCCGGAAACCGAGGGCGACAUGAGCAAAACGCUCGACUGUUUCAUCUCGUACCGUCGCUCGAACGGCUCGCAGCUGGCCUCGCUGCUGAAGGUGCACCUCAACCUGCGCGGCUUCUCCGUCUUCAUCGACGUGGAGCGGCUGGAGGCGGGCAAGUUCGAUAACAACCUGCUCAACUCGAUCCGACAGGCCAAGAACUUCAUCUUGGUGCUGACUCCGUCGGCGCUGGAUCGGUGCAUACAGGAUUACGACCAGAAGGACUGGGUGCACAAGGAAGUAUGCGCAGCGCUACAGUCCAAGUGCAAUAUCAUUCCAAUAAUCGACAACUUCCAGUGGCCUGAAGCGGAGGAGCUGCCGGAGGACAUGCGGUCCAUCGUCACCUUCAACGGCGUCAGCUGGAUCCACGACUACCAGGACGCCUGCGUCGACAAGCUGGAGCGCUUCAUCCGCGGCGAAGUGGACCGACCCGACGGCCGGGGACUGAGGUCACCGCGGCCGCUGCGCCACAGCCCGCUGCUGAGCGGCCUGCAGCACCCGAGCCGGCCCGGCUCCCGCUGCCAGAGCCCGGCGCGCCUCACACCGGCGCCGUCGCCGCUGCCGCGCCGGCCGCGCCGCUAUCAGAACCGGCUGGACGUCACUGCGGCCGCCAUGGCGCGCAGCAGGAGCGUGGACGCCAUCCUGGACUCUGACCGGCGCGGGCGGCGGCCGCCGGCGCGCGGCGAGUCGGAGGAGAGCUACCAGGGCAGCGGCGGCGGCAGCCCCGCCCAGAGCCGCGAGGGCACGCCGCCGAGCGUCACCGACGGCCUCUCCUCCGAGGACGGACUGGACGAGGUGGACCUGCCCUCCAUGAACGGACGCUCCUCGGGAGAGGAGUCUGAGGAGGGGCGCCGCCUGCCGCGCGCCGCCCCGCAGGAGGAGGAGUCGCCGCCGCGCCGCCUCAGCCAGCGGCGCUCCACCUCCCUGGCGUCUCACGAGGACGUGCUACGUGCCGAACUGACCGACAGGCGCGCCUCGGAGGACAGCCCGCGGCUCGUGGAGGCGGUCGGACCGGCCGCCAAGCCGGCCAACGGGCUGCGCCUGUCGGUGCCGGCCGCCGGCGGGGCCCAGCAGCGUCCCGCGCAGCCGCGCACCCUGCCCCGCUCGACGCGGCUCGGUCGCAGCCGGCAGCCGCCCAAACUGACCCUCAGCGCGCCGUCGCCCGACUCGCCCAAGUCGCUGCCGUCGUCGUCGCCGUCGCUGUCUACCGGCUCGGGAAGAGCGCCAUCUACCGGCUCGCGCGGCAGUAGAAGUUCGGACAUUUUUCGCCAGAACCGGCUGCGUAAGUCGAACCUGGUCGAGCGUGCGUUCGAUAAGGUGCGUUCCAAGAUUACCAAAGAGAACAAAUAGCCAGAUGGGUGUUGCAGCUGCUCGCCCCGCCCCUCAAUUCCACUCCUCAACACCGCUCGUAACUUUUGCACGGAGCGGUCCGCGCCGGCCGCUGCCUCUUCAGCGCACUGGCCAUUUUAAUCGUGUAUGUUUUGGUGUUAGCGUUACCUGGCAAAGCGCUAGACCGAAUGGCAAUCGUAAAGCAAUGAUGCUUGUUAACGCGCGGGUCGCAGGCUGCGAACGAGAACGCUGUGCCCCUGCGCGGCUGUACAGUGGUGAUUGCGAUUAUUAUAUGACGUUUAUAUUUAAACUCAUCCGACUCGGCGAAAUGCGCGGCCACUCAGUGCGAAAAACAAACGCCGUGUGUGUUGGCGCCGCUCCGAAUCACGGAGUCAUGUGCCGCCGCAGUGUCGGCCGCCGCGGCCCUCCUCACUCAUUCGUCGUCGUGCCGCGCAUCCAUGCCUUUCACCGUGUGACCUGUCAUGUUCAUCCCACUCGCAUGCAUAGACCGUGCCUGUAUAUCAUCGUGAGAAUUAAAUCGUAAUGUGUA